AUGAAGGACACAGCAAUCGUAGUAAUGAAGCACGGCGGUGCUCUAGUAGCCGGCAUGUGCGCUACCACUGUGACUAUGGGCUUAUUAGAGCUCACCGCACACACCGUAUAUCCCGAUGUCUCAGAACAAACUCAAGUAGAGAAGAUUCCUGCCGGUGCUGCAGCGAUGGUCUUGGUUGGAAACGUUGCCGGUGCCUGUGCUG